GUGGAAGUCAGAAACGCCGUGAAAGCUCAAGGAUGAGGUUCCGCGAAGGCCUGUGGGAGCGACCCGAAAGGAGGAGGGUCAAGAUGGCGGAAGUGGCGGAGUCUCCGGCUGACCGCGGGACAGCAUCGCCCAGGCCCCUGUUUGCAGGCCUUUCAGAUAUAUCUAUCUCACAAGACAUCCCAAUAGAAGGAGAAAUCACCAUUCCUAUGAGAUCUCGCAGUCGAGAAUUUGACAGCUCCACAUUAAACGAAUCUGUUCAGAAUACUAUCAUGCGCGAUCUAAAAGCUGUUGGGAAAAAAUUCAUGCAUGUUUUAUAUCCAAGAAAAAGUAACACUCUUUUGAGAGAUUGGGAUUUGUGGGGUCCCUUGAUACUUUGUGUGACUCUUGCAUUAAUGUUGCAGAGAGGAUCUGUGGAUAGUGAAAAAGAUGGAGGGCCCCAAUUUGCAGAAGUUUUUGUCAUUGUCUGGUUUGGUGCAGUAACCAUCACCCUCAACUCAAAACUUCUUGGAGGAAAUAUAUCUUUUUUCCAGAGCCUCUGUGUGCUGGGUUACUGUAUACUUCCUUUGACAGUGGCAAUGCUGAUUUGCCGCCUGGUCCUUUUGGCAGAACAAGGACCAAUAAACUUCAUGGUUCGGCUUUUUGUUGUGGUUGUGAUGUUUGCCUGGUCUAUAGUUGCCUCUACAGCUUUUCUUGCUGAUAGCCAGCCUCCAAAUCGCAAAGCCCUUGCUGUGUAUCCUGUUUUCCUAUUCUACUUUGUCAUCAGUUGGAUGAUUCUCACCUUUACUCCUCAGUAAAUUGGAAAAUGCUCUUUUUACCACAUGUAUCUGAUGCUGAAACCUGGGAGGAAGGUGGUUGAUUAAGUGACAGUCCCCCAUGGGACGGGGUUGACUAGCCUUUUGGCUGCCUCCUCCAGACCACAUCUGCCAAGCCAGAACUGUUGUUCCCAGAUCGUGAUAUCUCCAAAGACCACCAACGAGUCAAGUCUGAUGCAAUUACAGGAGUUUAUUGCAAGCUCGAGCCUGGACCCUCAGACCUCACUGCCACAGCGGAUUCGUACCGAGAGCCCUGAGACUGAUUUCAAACAGCCUUUUAUACUAGCAGAGAAGCAGAACUAGGGGCUUUCUAAAUGGGUCAAUGCUUGAUUGGUUAACAUUUUGCAAGUGUGUGUGUUUUGUCAAUGCUUAAUUGUCCCAGGCCAGAUGUCCCUCCUUGUCCUAACAAGAUUAACAAAAGAGAACAUCUGAUGACAACUUACGGGAACAGUCAUGGGUUUUUCUGAGAACUAGGUAAUUAGCAAAAUGGAGUCAACUUGGUCUCCACAGAGCUUUCUACCUUUGCCAUUGCUGACAACUCACAUCCACACCUGUCACUGAUUUCAGGGUGAGUAGGCAGUUAGCUUCCCUAUACUCGGGUCCUCUCUCUCAUUCUCAUUCUUUCCUUUUGGGGACUACUUGGAAAUCCAAGCACUUGGUCAGUGAGACCCUCUCAGGCCACGGGGCCCAGGACUGUGACCCUGGGGGAUACCCCAUUAGCCUACUCCUCUUGUUCUCUUCUGGGGACUGGCUCAGGGAGCAUCAAAAGAUGUGGGAAGCCAGCCAUGGCCCACUGGUUUUUUGAAAG